UGCAUGUAGGAGUAUAUAUAAAAGACACUUUUCCCUCAACUCUCACCACAAUCAUCUUUCUCUUUCACUUUAUCGAAACUGAAAUUAACAAAUCCUAGAACUGAAGUAGUCAUGAAGCAAAGUACUAUAUGUUUUCUUGUAUUUCUUUUCCUGCUUGUUUCCCUUUCACCAGCAUCUUCCCGUUUCUUAUCAGCCAGUGAAGUGAAAGAGGAAGAAAAUAAUGGAGAAGUCACCCUUGCUUAUUCUCUUGACCAGAUGGAAACCUUCGAUUCCCUGAAUAAGCUGAUGGGGCUAGAGGAAUGUGAAGAAGAAGAUGGAGAAUGCUUUAAGAGAAGGACACUUACAGAAGCUCACCUGGAUUACAUCUACACUCAAAACCAUAAUCACCCUUGAGAAUAUUAAUCCUCUUGGGAGUUAGCUGGUAUUGACCAUCAAUGCCUAGCUUUAAAUUAAAGACCUUUUAAACAUGAAAUAAUCCUCCUAUAUUUUCUUUUU